CUGUUAGAUUCUAUUAACUGUCUGGAACAGUUAUAUGGUAUCGGAAUCUUAUGCCGAGACAAUAACCGAAAAUGGCUCAUCCUCACCCUCUUUGCUCUUCCCAUUGUUCCACUUAUUCCUUCUCAUUCCAUUCUGGCAAACCCUUCAUUAUCAUUCCUUCUCGUUCCAAAACUCUUCUCCCCGCCCCACCACGCUUCUCCUCUGCACAACCCUUCAACACUCUACGAGACGCAAAACUCGAUGACCCAGCUGCAAAGUCUUCGUCUUUAUCCAAAAAUUCCAUCUGGGUCAAUCCCAAAAGCUCCAGAGCCAAACAACUUUGGAAGAUUUCACCUCAGACCAGGUCAUCAUUUCUCUCCAAACUCGCCAAGUCUCUGGACUCGUGCAACCCUACCAACGAACAUGUCUCUCAAAUCCUCGAUGUCUUAGGGGACAACAUUCUCGAACGCGAUGCUGUGUUUAUUCUCAAUGUUAUGGUCAAUCCCACUACUGCACUCCUCGCUCUUGGGCACUUCCAGCAAAAGAUUAACCCCGCAAAACACGUUGUUCUUUACAACGUUACUCUGAAGGUGUUUAGGGAGGUUAGGGAUUUUGAAGGUAUAGAGAAGCUGUUUGAUGAAAUGCUUCAAAGAGGAGUCAACCCUAAUAUCAUUACGUUUUCAACUAUAAUUACCUCUGCUACCAUGUGUUCUUUGCCGCGCAAGGCUGUGGAGUGGUUUGAGAAAAUGCAUUCCUUCGGGGUUGAACCUGAUAACAGUAUAUUCCUCUUUAUGAUUCGUGCUUAUGCAAGUAGCGGUAAUGCGGAAAUGUCUAUGAAACUCUACGAUCGUGCAAAAGCAGAGAAAUGGCGCGUUGACACGGGAGUGUUCUCGGCAUUGAUUAAGACGUGUGGGAUAUCGGAGAAUUUUGAUGGAUGUCUGAGUGUUUACAAUGAUAUGAAGGUUCUUGGUGUCAAGCCUAGCAUGGUAACUUAUAACACGCUGUUGUAUGCCAUGGGGAGAGGGAGGAGGGCCUUGGAUGCAAAGGCUAUAUAUGAGGAUAUGCUAAACAGUGGGUUUUCACCAAGUUGGGCUACCUAUGCGGCUCUUUUACAAGCCUAUUGUAAAGCACGUUUUCGUGAGGAUGCGCUGGGAGUUUACAGGGAAAUGAAGGAAAAGGGAAUGGAUGUGGAUGCAGUUCUUUAUAACUUGCUUUUUGACAUGUGUGCUGAUGUUGGUUGCUUGGACGAAGCUUCUGAAAUCUUUGAAGACAUGAAAAGUUCGGGGACUUGCCAACCAGACAAUUUGACAUACGCGUGCUUGAUCAACAUGUACAGUUCUCAUCUUAAACACAGCGAUUCUUUGGAGUCGAGCAAUCCAUGGGAGCAACAGGUCUCCACGAUUUUGAAGGGUAUAGUGGGCAAGAUUUCAGAAAGAGAUGCUAUAUUUAUUCUCAGUAAGAUGGUGGAUCCCAACACUGCCUUAUUUGUUCUUAGAUAUUUCCAUAGCAAGAUUAAUUUCACCAGAGAUAAGGAGGUGAUUACUUACAACGUGACCCUGAAUUUGUUUAGGAAGUCUAGGGAUUUUGAAGGAGCAGAGAAUUUGUUUGAUGAAAUGCUUUAUAGAGGUGUAAAACCAGAUAACAUAACAUUUUCAACAAUGGCUAUCUGUGCUAGUGUGUCUGGUUUUCCCGAUAAGGCUGUGGAGCUAUUCGAAAAGAUGCCCAGCUUUGGGUGUGAACGUGAUGACAUCACAAGCUCAGCCAUGAUAUAUGGUUAUGCACGCACAAAUAAGGUUGAUAAGGCUUUGGAACUAUAUGGUCGUGCAAAAGCUGAGAAAUGGCGCGUUGACGCAGUAACGUUCUCAGCAUUGAUCAAGAUGUUUAGCGUGGCAGGAAACUAUGAUAAAUGCUUAAUAAUCUACCAAGACAUGAAAGUUCUUGGUGUGAAGCCUAGUAUGGCGACAUAUAAUAAUCUGUUGGGUGCCAUGUUGAGAGCUAGGAAUCACCGACAGGCCAAGACUAUAUAUAAUGAGAUGAAAAACAGCGGUGUUUCGCCAGAUUUUAUAACAUAUGCAUCACUUUUGGAAGUCUAUACUAGAGCACUAUGUGGUGAAGAUGCUCUUGGUCUUUAUAAAGAAAUGCAAGGGAACGGAGUGAAUGUUACUGCGGAUCUUUAUAACAAGCUUUUAUCCAUGUGCGCUGAUCUUGGCUACAUAGAUAAAGCUGUUGAAAUUUUUUAUGAUAUGAAAAGUUCUGGGUCUUGCCAGCCUGACAGUUGGACAUUUACUUUCUUAAUGACCAUGUAUUCCCGCAGUGGGAGAGUUUCAGAGGCGGAAGGAAUAUUGAAUGAAAUGAUCCAAUCUGGAUUACAACCUAAUAUUUUUGUUAUGACAUCACUUGUCCACUGCUAUGGAAAAGUUAAGCGAACUGAUGAUGUUGUGAAAAUAUUUAAUCAACUUCUUGAAUUGGGCAUUGAUCCAAAUGAUCACUUCUGCAGCUGUCUGUUAAAUGUUUUGACUCAAGCACCAAAAGAAGAGCUUGGUAAACUAACAGAUUGCAUUGAGAAGGCUAAUCCAAAGCUUGGGACUGCGGUAAGAUAUUUGGUGGAAGGGAAGGAGGGCAAUGGAGAUUUUAGAAAGGAAACGGUAGAACUUCUAAAUUCAUUUCAUGCUGAAGUGAAAAAGCCUUUAUGCAAUUGUCUAAUUGAUCUUUGUGUCAAACUGAAUGUGCCUGAAAGAGCAUGCGACCUUCUGGAUUUAGGACUGAUGCUUGAGAUAUAUACAGAUAUACAAUCCAGAUCUCAAAAUCAGUGGUCUCUGCAUCUGAAGGAGCUCUCAGUUGGAGCUGCUAUGACUGCAUUACAUGUUUGGAUUAAUGACUUGUCUCGGGAAUUGGAAUCAGGGAAGGACCUUCCUCCACUUCUUGGAAUUAAUACUGGGCAAGGAAAACACAAGUAUUCAGACAAAGGCUUGGCUACUGUCUUUGAAUCACAUUUGAAGGAACUCAAUGCUCCAUUCUACGAGGCUGCAGAUAACCCUGGUUGGUUUUUGGUUACAAAGCCAGCAGCCAUAUCAUGGCUGCAAUCUAGGGGUUCAACAGAAUCAAUUGCUAGUUUGAACACUCUGGCUUUAGGUGUUCCAGCAAUGGCCCUUUAGUAUCAUGCUAAUCUUUUCGGCUUUUUCCAAUUCCUUCUGCCGAGAUUUUGUGCUGUAUAUAUGUGCACGAAACUUCUUCUGAAGAAAAAAAAUAGCAACACAUGAUUUCAAUAUUA